UAUAGCCAGGGAAAGGGAGUGGAGAUUAUCAAGGGUUCCUGCUAAGAGCCUGCAGACUUUAUUUCCAUCAGAUGGGACUGGAGCCUAUGUGACGUCUUUCCCACCUCUUACUGAGAUUAUUUUUUGUGUCAUCAUUAUUAAUCGUAACAGUGCAGAGCAAUGGUUUGGAAAGAAUAGUGCAAACCUUCCAACUUAGAGUCAUCUUGGUCCAUGGAAGCACUUCUGUGGUGGUUGAAGAGAGAAAUUAAACUCCUCUGACUGGUAUUGUCUUUCCAUCCCUGAGUCAUCUGAAAUCACUGACCCUGCACCCACUGACCACCAUGAAUGCCUCAGGCCUGCCACUCGCCAACAACACCCCACUCUGCUACUCCAUCAACAGCCCUCCAUUCAAGUACAACCCCCCCAUUGCUUCAGCCUACUACUCAACCAUCUUCACCAUUCUCGGUCUCCCCUCCAAUCUCAUUGCCUUCAUAGUACUCGUCAAGGCCUUCCGGCGGACGAACAGUUGUUCACGCUCCUUCUUCCUGAUCUUCCUGGGCGGCCUGGUGGUCACUGACUUCAUGGGUCUUCUGGUCACGGGCUCCAUCACAAUCUCUUUCCAUGUUACGAAAUUUAAUUGGCGCAAUUUAGACCCUUACUGCCACUUCUGCAACUUUAUGGGCAUGUCCAUGGUCUUCUAUGGACUGUGCCCACUGCUGCUUGGUGCUGCCAUGGCCGUGGAGCGCUUCAUUGGCAUCAACCGUCCAUUUGCACGCUCUGCCAAGAUGCCCAAAGGCCGGACGAUCUCCAUGGUGCUGAUGGUGUGGUUUAUCGCUGGCUGCAUUGCAUUGCUGCCCCUAACAGGCAUUGGAAGCUACCACAUCCAGAAGCCCGGCUCCUGGUGUUUUUUCCUCAUUAGCUCCAAGGGAAAUGACCUGAUCUUCUCCCUGAUCUUCUCACUGGUCGGGUUGAUGAGCAUCGCUGUGUCCUUUUUGCUGAACACGGUGAGCGUGGUGACCCUGAUCAAGGUGUGCUGUGGACAGGACAGGAGCCAGCGGAGCCGAGACCAUGAAGUGGAGAUGAUGGUUCAGCUCAUCCUGAUCAUGCUCAUCGCUUCUAUCUGCUGGUGCCCCCUCCUGAUCUUUAUUGCACAAACUGUGCUGUCUGGAGCCGAACUCCAGAUCAAAUACCUACUGCUAUGGCUACGCUUCGCCACCUGGAACCAAAUCCUUGACCCGUGGAUAUACAUCCUGUUUCGCAGGGCCGUUCUUAAGAGAAUCUACCCCCGCUUCGACUGGUCCCGGAGCUCCAUUAUGACCUUGUACCCACCUUUAAGCAACACCCUGCGCAGGUUCACACGUUCUUCACUGGGGAGCACCCUGGGAUCAGAUGAGACAGGAGAGACGGGGAAAACAAAUGUAAUACCCCCAUCUAGCUUGAAGCAUCCACCUCCUUCUCCAUGAUUGGUUGGAUUUGAGCUGUUUUUGCAGCAGAAUGAGGGACAUCAUUAGGGUCACAGUAUGUGUUUGACUGUUUCCAAUGUCUGAUCAGUUUUUGUCGACGAUGAGGAGCACAACAUGCAAGGUUGCUCCUAUAAUCUGAAAGGAUUUUGUUACAGCAUACCAUUGAAAUGUUUUUCAGUAUUAGCAGCAACACUUUAAUUCAGAGCAAAGUAUAAAGACAGAGCAGGGAUCAAACCUGCAAUCCAUCAAUAAAAACAAUCCCGCUUAUCACUAUAUGAAGUCAGCUAAGGCACCUUUUAAGCUGUCUACAUGCACUGCCCUUGUACAGUUCCAUCAAGUGUUUUUAUGAUGUUUGAGUUUUAAACACUGUAUUACAGUACAGCUGCCUUUUAGGCACAUGUACACUUUUGUUUGGGUGUUCGAGUGUCACAAUAGACCCAGGAAGAAUUAUUUACCAUAACUGUGUUUUCAGGCUCAUGCCCAGUACUGUUCAUGUAUCGUUCCCUUUCUGAAAGUAUUUAAAUGAACAGUUUUGACAGUGGAGCUACUGCAAAGCCAUGUGUAAUAGCACAGAACAUGCAUCCACAUGGGGCGGCACGGUAGUGCAGUGGUUAGCGCUGUCGCCUCAAAGCAAGAAGGUUCCAGGUUCGAGUCCUGGCUCGGACGCGGGAUCUUUCUGUGUGGAGUUUGCAUGUUCUCCCCGUGCCUGUGUGGGUUCUCUCCGGGUACUCCGGCUUCCUCCC